GUCUAGCACAUCUUCCACCCUUCUGAAGCUGCCAGGACUCAGCAUCAGCAUGAGAGCUUUAGUGUUGCUGUGUUUGCUGCAUGCAGCCUCUGCCAAAAGCCCAUACAGCUGGAAUGGACCCGUGCUCGGGCCACGCAAUCCUGCCCCCAGCCCAGGUUAUGACUGCGGUGCAGACGCGUCCUCUUGCAGCUGCUGCAUGAUGGUGCGGGAGGUUGACAGGCUGCAGACGUACUUCGACUCCACCCUGACCCAGUUAGAGAGGGACGCCACCAACACAACCCAAGCUCUCGAAACUAUUAAAGCCAACCGUGUUGCCUUCACCGUCUCUCUGUACAGCGGUGAUCAUUUACAAUGUUACGGCCCCUUUGACGCCGACAGCGGCGUCACUUACAAGCAUUCCUUCCUAAACCUCGGUGAGGCCUACGACUCGGGCACAGGCGUCUUCACCGUCCCCUACGCCGGCGUCUACAGCCUGGCCGUCACCUCCUACACCGACGCCGGGUCCCCGGGUUACACGCUGGCCAUAUGUGCCAGUCUGCAGGUUAACGGCCGAGCAGUGGCCGGGGCCAGAGACCUCAACACCCACGACAAAGACGACAGUGCCACCGUAGCCGUCGCCCUGCACCUCAAGGUCGGGGACCGAGUGUCGGUGGGCUUGAGAAAAGGCUGCUUCCUCUGCGACGACAACAGCCACUACAACACUUUCAGCGCCUUCCUGCUGUACGGCACUGAGUAGUUCAAUAAGCGGUUCCCGGGUCUCCUGGAUGAUAGCUGUCUUUACGACUUUGUCUCAGCCUAGUCUGAUGUUUUUGAGGAGAGCGUAGUUUUAAAACCCUCCGGUCUGGUUUCAGCUCCAGCCAUGUGAGAGCUGAAGCUUGGUUUCAUGUGACCGUUCUGAUUCGCUUUAAUUAAUAAUGGCUUGUAACAUUUGAGAGAUACGCAGCGAAUGUGAUGCCCCUGCACCUGUAAAAUGAAAUUGUGACAUUAAACAAAACGUUUUUAAAUAGCUGUAUAAUAUCUUUUUACCCUGAGAAACUGUUAACAAAAUUAAAGUGAAA